AUGGACAACAUUUCUGUAGAAGAAAAUCCAGAUUACUUGAAUAUUAAGGCGAAUAUCGAUAAAAAUGGUGAUGAGCCUGUGGCAAAUGUUGUAGUGGAUUUGAAAAGAGAUGUCAACAACCUGAAGGUAAAGGUUUCGUUGAGUGCUGAAAUCGGUGGGGAGUUGAAAGAAAUCUACCCGAUAAAGGAUUUUAAUCCUUGCGUGGGCGAAGUUGAAGACGAACUUGUAAAGUUUGCGUUGGAACAAAUCGAAAAGUAUGGGAAUCUCACGAUUGCGUGUCCCUUGAAAGCGGGUCAUUAUGUCGUUCAAAACUUCAAGAUAGAUGAUGAUGCAAAAGCAGCUAAAUCCUUCGGAUCUGGACGUUUCCAAGUUGGCAUUUCUGCCGAUACUAUGGAUAAGGGAGAAGAAAUAAAAGCUUUGGCAAUGAAAUUUGCUUUUCACAGC